AUGUACCUCACUACCCUUCUUCAAACCCCCUCGUCGCGCGCCACAACGCACCUGAGCUUACGUACCGUGACACCAACGCUGUACACCGCAUUUCCCAAACACUGGCUGGAGACGCUCCUCCAGCGACUGCCCCGCCUGCGUUCGCUGGACCUGAGCUCGUGGCCGCUCCUCGAUCACGCCGCCUGCUGCGCCGUCUCGCGCCCAUCGAAUCUGAGGAGCCUGACUGCCCGGGGGUGUGCGAAUUUGACGGUGGGCGGGCUGGUCAACCUGUUGGAACAUCUCCCAUGUCUGGAGGAGGUUGAUUUUUGCGGUACGAAGGUUGCGGCUGCCACCGCUGUUGUCGCGGCCAUGGCAGGGUUACCGCUCGUUAGAGUUUUGGCUAGGGAUGUCGGGCUCGCGGACGGGGCUUUGGAGGUUCUUGCGAAAGGGUUGGGGACGAGGGUUAGGGAGGUGGAUGUUGGCUGUGAUGGUGUGAAUGCCGGGAGGGUUGGGGAGAGAGGUGUUGAGGCGUUGUUGGGGUAUUGUUUUGCGCCGCCGGUUUAUGACACUGCCGCUGUUGGUGCGACCGCCGGCGCGGCAGCGGGGCUGACAAAGGUGGGUGUAUCUGGGAAUAAAUUAUCGUCACGGUCGGUGCAGACUCUGCUUAGGACUACGCGAUUAACCUCACUGGAUGUUGGUCCGUUGGAAUCUGUCGACGGAAUCAUGGCCGCCGUUAGGAUAUACGCGGCGGCGAAUCUGGAUUACUUGAGGAUUGACUGGAGAGUUGUUCUCGAUCCUGCAUUUUUGGGUGUUGGAAAGCUGGUGCUUGUUAACGUCCCCGCGUUCGCUAGUCCCCGUGCGGCGCGAGGGAUUGCCGGGGUGGUUGGGACGGAGGGGGUGAGGGUGCUGGAGCUGGAGAUGGAGGUUGGUGAUGAUGGGUCUGGGGAUUUCUCCUUCUUUGAGGAGGAGGCCGGAGGGAGGGAGAGGGAGGAGAGGGGGGAUGUGGACGUACUCUCUUCGGUUGCGAAACGCAAGAGGGAGAUCGGAUGGCGCGGGAGGGUGAGGGUUGUUAGGGAUCUGGCCGGCGGGGAGAGUACCGAGCGGGGGGUCUCCGGGGAGAUGUGGGGGGUCGUUAGGGAGGGGGUUUAG